UUUGAAAACCGGCUUGUGAAGGAAAUGACGUCAAGUUCAUGGGCAGCUAUGCUGUUUGCACACAAACAGCACAAAGAGUGAAAAAAGAGUCGAUUAAUCGUUUUGCAGUCGAGUCAGAAUCGAACCGGCAGCCGGAUGGCAGCAGCUGUUUCUUCGGGAGGGCCGGCUGUCGUCAUGGAAAACGGACAGACCACCACGACCACCAAGCUAGGUCUGCCGCCGCUCACGCCCAACCAACAGGAGGCGCUGCAGAAGGCGAAGAAGUACGCAAUGGAGCAGAGUAUCAAGAGCGUCCUGGUCAAGCAGACCCUCGCCCAGCAGCAUCAGCUCUCACUUUCUCAGAUGGCAUCUUUGACUAUGAGUCUGGGUGACGCCCUCUCACCGCUGCAGUCGGUGGCAGCGCAGCGCCAGCGUGCGCUGGCCAUCAUGUGCCGCGUCUACGUAGGUUCCAUCUACUAUGAGCUGGGCGAGGACACUAUCAGACAGGCCUUCAUCCCCUUUGGACCAAUAAGAAGCAUCGACAUGUCCUGGGACUCUGUUACAAUGAAACACAAGGGGUUUGCUUUUGUGGAAUACGAGAUGCCUGAAGCUGCUCAGCUCGCUCUGGAACAAAUGAACUCUGUCAUAUUGGGAGGCAGAAACAUCAAGGUUGGCAGACCCAGUAAUAUUGGCCAGGCUCAGCCGAUCAUUGACCAGCUGGCAGAAGAGGCCCGGGCCUUCAACCGGAUCUACGUCGCAUCAGUCCACCCCGACCUCUCAGAUGAAGACAUCAAGAGUGUUUUUGAGGCCUUUGGCAAGAUUAAGUCCUGCAUGCUGGCCCGAGAACCAACCACCGGACGCCACAAAGGUUACGGCUUCAUCGAGUAUGACAAGGCCCAGUCGGCCCAGGACGCCGUGGCCUCUAUGAACCUCUUUGAUCUUGGGGGUCAGUACCUGCGGGUGGGAAAAGCAGUCACCCCCCCAAUACCCCUUCUCACCCCAACUGGCCCUGGAGGUCUCCCGACUGCCGCCGCCAUGGCUGCUGCUGCUGCCGCCACGGCAAAGAUCAGCACCCCGGAUGCAGUGGGCGUGUCGGUCCUCGGAGCCCUGGCUGCACCAGCUCUGCUGGGUGGACUUCCUCAAGCUGUCAUGGCUGCACAGGCGCCAGGUGUCAUCACAGGUGUUACCCCAGCUCGACCUGGCUUACCUCAAGUGGGUUUGGUGAACCCGGUGCUUGCCACUCCCCAAGCAGCCUCUCUGAUAGGUGGUUCUGAUGUAAACAAAAAGGAGGAGGAAGACUGGCAGCAGGAGGCACUGCAGGACGGAGCCGUUGAGCCACUGAGCGAGCAGGAGCACAUGAGUAUCAGCGGGAGCAGCGCCAGACACAUGGUGAUGAGGAAGCUGCUGCGCAAGCGGGAGUCCACUGUCAUGGUCCUGAGGAACAUGGUUGGACCUGAUGACAUCGACGACGACCUGGAGGGCGAGGUGACUGAAGAGUGUGGGAAGUUUGGCCAGGUGAAACGUGUCAUCAUCUACCAGGAGCGACAGGGUGAAGAGGAUGAUGCUGAGGUCAUCGUCAAGAUCUUUGUUGAGUUCUCGGAGGCGGCGGAGAUGAACCGGGCCAUCCACGCCCUGAACCAGCGCUGGUUUGGAGGUCGCAAGGUGGUCGCUGAAGUGUACGACCAGGAACGCUUCAGUAACAGCGACCUGUCGGCGUAGCACCACGCACUCACAGCCACCGCUUUCUAACCUCAGUGAUUU